GCUGUGUGCAGGUGCAGCCCGGCCGGGCGGCAAGUUCCCUUUCGGAAGAGGCAGCGCGCUGGAAGAACCCGGCCGGAGCCAGGUGGCUGAAGAGCGCGCGGGAGGCAGCCGGGGAGGAGCUGGCUGGAGAGGAGGUGGAGGGAGCAGGGAGGGCGCUGCGCUCUCAGGGAGAGCUGAGGUCUCCGCACACUCGCGCAGCGCCGCUCUCCGGCUCUGCCCUUUGGUGGCACAGCGCUGGGGGGCACCCAAACCCCGCAGCCGUGGCGGAACUGGGAAGGAAACGGAGCUGGGCAGCGCGGCUGUGGGCGCAUUUUUCCACGCGGAUCCCCCAGUAGCUCCCUUGUCAACCUUCCUCCGCAAAUCCUUGAGGCGGGUGCAGCCCGGGAGCCCCCACCACGCACGAGGCGGUGAGCAGCAGAGGCGAGAUGCCACCCACCCGCCAGGCACCAGAAAGUUUCGCAGCUCUGUGAGCGCGGCGGCAAACUCCUCUCCACCCCCUUCUUCUGCUGGGCGCUUGGGGCUCCCUCCGUGCGUCUCUGGGGGCGAGGUGCGGGACCAAGGCGCUGUUUGUUUUCCUCCGCCCGUCCCAGCUGUUGCUGGGGGGCAGCCGCAGCAGCCAUGGAGCCCGAGACGAUUGCGAUCCUCUUCCUGAACCAGAGCGAAGGGCCCCCCUGGGGGGAAUUCAACCUCUCGGGGCUCUCGGAGGAGGAGCAGGACCCCAAGCCCCUCUUCGGCAUCGGCAUCGAGAACUUCCUCACCCUGAUCAUUUUCGGCGUGAUCUUCGCCUUGGGGGUGCUGGGCAACUCGCUGGUGAUCACGGUGCUGGCCAGGAGCAAGCCGGGCAAGCCCCGCAGCACCACCAAUAUCUUCAUCCUCAACCUGAGCAUCGCCGACCUGGCCUACCUGCUCUUCUGCAUCCCUUUCCAGGCCACGGUCUACGUGCUGCCCACCUGGGUGCUGGGCGCCGUCAUCUGCAAGUUCAUCCACUACUUCUUCACCGUCUCCAUGCUAGUCAGCAUCUUCACCCUCUCCGCCAUGUCGGUGGACCGCUACCUGGCCAUCGUGCACUCCCGCCGCGCCUCCGUCCUGCGGGUUUCCCGCAACGCGCUGCUGGGCGUGGGGCUCAUCUGGGCGCUCUCCAUCGCCAUGGCCUCGCCCGUCGCGCACCACCAGCGCCUCUUCCACCGGGACGCCAGCAACCAGACCUUCUGCUGGGAGCAGUGGCCCAACCUCCAGCACAAGAAGGUCUACGUGGUCUGCACCUUCGUCUUCGGCUACCUGCUGCCGCUGCUGCUCAUCUCCUUCUGCUACGCCAAGGUCCUUAAUCAUCUGCAUAAAAAGCUGAGAAACAUGUCAAAGAAGUCAGAAGCAUCCAAGAAGAAGACAGCCCAGACUGUGCUGGUGGUGGUGGUGGUUUUUGGCAUAUCUUGGCUGCCACAUCAUGUGAUCCACCUCUGGGCUGAAUUUGGAGUUUUCCCACUGACUCAAGCUUCAUUUCUCUUCAGAGUAACAGCGCACUGCCUGGCUUACAGCAAUUCUUCUGUAAAUCCUAUUAUAUACGCAUUCCUCUCUGAAAAUUUUAGGAAGGCCUACAAACAAGUCUUCAAAUGCCAGAUAGGUAAUGAAUCGCCUCUGAAUGAUGUUAAAGAAAGUAAAAGUCGGAUAGAUACAGCACCGUCUACCAAUUGUACUCAUGUGUGAGCAACAAUUAAAAAAAAAAUCCCGUCAUGUUGGGUUUUCAUAUGUGUGGACUAGACUCUAGAAAAAGCACAGUGAGCUCCUAAAAAGAGCUGCAGCUUCAGCUUCAGCUUGAUAAUUGUUAGAAUUAAAAAAUUCAGUUUCCUUACAUUUACCAGAUAACUGUGGCCAUUCUUAAUAUUCGACAUCUUUGUCUAGCAUGGUUCAAAUGAAGAUCUGUCCUUUGAAAGAUGUUCCAGAAAAAGUGGGUAAUGGUAUGUCAGUACUAGCCCUCUUAUUAAUUUAGUAGGAAAGCUAAUAACUUGCUAAUUAUAAAUAUUGACAUACAGCAUAUUCCAUUUGCGCCUAUAACACAAAUAUGUUAACAUAGAAUGCAAUUGUACUAUUCCUAAUCCAGUUCUAUAAGGUCAAACUUAAUUUCUCCCCCCCACCCCCAAUUUAUAGAAUAAUCUCUCACCUCAAAGAAAGGUAAUUAAUGGUGCAGUACUAUGAUUUCAAGAGAAAUGGUUAGAUUUCAAAGAUAAUUUAAACUUCAGUCAUCUCUUCAGGUUGGUUCUGACAAUGGUUUUGUUCGUUUGUUUUUAAGCAAAUAUUGAGCAGAAAUAAUUUCCAUGUACUGAAGUAAUUACUUAGAGAAGAAAUGCUAAACUAACUAUAUAAUUUACACCAUGUUAUUGAGGUACUGAGGUUGUACUCUGUCUGGCUAGGCUGGCUGCAUAUACAAAACAAUGGUUACGCCUUUAAAAUUUUGCUUAAGGCACUCACAUAACUGUGGCAUAACAUAGGUUGAUGUAGUCAAAUUGGGAAGGGUUUGUUUCAGGUCUCUGUGUGUGUGUGUGUGUGUGUAUGUAUGUAUGUAUAUAUAUAUAUACAUGCCAUUUCUAGUUAUUGAUAUAUACCUAAAUAUAUUUCAGCUUAAACAUUAAGUUAUGGAUAUGUUCAUACGUACACACACACACUGCUAUUUUUUGAAGGAAGCUUUAAAUGGGGGUUGAAAUUGUUGACAUUAUCAUUCCAACAGUACUAUUAGAGUCUUAAUAUCAGACAGCUUAAUAGUUUUAAGUUGGAAAAAAUACAGUUAGUAUUUUUAAAACAAAGUAAGUGGUCCAAUCCUGCAGACAUUUUACUAACAUGGGUAGUUCCACUGACUUUGUUCCAGAUUCUCAGCUAGUGAAAAGAGGUGUACCUCCAUUGUCUUUAAUACAGCUACAUCAAUAUAUACCAGCUGAUAUUCUGACCUUCUAAGUUUAAAUUUGAUUCAGCCCCCGCUGAAGUCAAUGAGAGUAUUUCCAUUGACGUUAGUAGGAGUUGGGUUGGAUCCAUAUUACGUGCAUGAGAUUUUACAUUUUUCUCCAGUUAAUGCUGUACCACAUUCCUCUUCCUCCUGAGACUUAAUGUUUACAACAGGGCAUGUGUAUCUUUUUGUGCUUAGUAGAAGAUGGUUGUGACAAAGUCAGUGAAAUUCCAAGCUAGAGAGAAAUUUACUAUGGCUUAAUUCACACAAAAAUGUCUGCAUUUACACACCAAUUCAUGCACUUAGACACAGUAGAGAAAACAUCUCAGAAAAUAGUACUGCAUAUAUAGAACUAUUGUUUGUUUGUUCACUUUUUCCUCCUGUAUGUGAAUGGCUUACUCUGUAACAUAUCUCUGAGUACGCAUGAAAUGGCAUAGAGCUAUUUUACCACAUGCAAAGUACAUUAUCAGAGUCAAAUUAAUUAAUAGGUAGCAGGUUUAAAAAGGACUAGGUAAAUUCAUAGAGGAUAGGUCCAUC